AGAUUAUUAAUAAUAUAUUCCCAGAUCUCUUCUUUUUAUAAUCACACAGAAUAAACAAAAUGGAACUCCCCAAGGUCUCUCUGCUAUCGAGGCUAUUACUGUACAAGUCGGCCCCACUAAGUUUAGUUUUCCGAGAGCAGCAUGUCUAUCAGGUUUGGCUACAGCGUGCUUCUAUUUGCUUUCGUACCCUCCCUCGGUUUAUUUGCCGCUGUAUAUGAAGGAGACAAAUGUGUUUUGAAAGAUGGCAGCGAAGGCAAGUGCAUACAUAUACAAGGAUGUUCGACUGCUUUCGUGUUGUCACGGAAAGAACUUGCUUCGGUCAUUUGUGGAUUUGAGAAUAUUAACCUUUUUGUGUGUUGCCAAGAGUUAAUGGAUAGGACUAGUACCACCACUACAACAGAUCGAAGUAACAGCAGCAGAACACCAGGAGACAUAAGCAAACAAAAAUGCGAAGAAUACGCAGAGUAUGCCUACGAAAAGAUCUAUUCUCCCACGCUAUUGCUAAAACCGCAAUUUACAAAAAAGCUUGUGUGUGAUAUUCAGAAAAACAAACUUUUUGAGGGAAGUAUCUUAGCAUCGGGAAGGGAAUUUCCUCAUAUGGUUGUUGUUGGCUUUGAACUUGCGGAGGAUCACAAUUAUCUUAAAUGUGGAGGUUCACUUAUAAGUGAAAACUUUGUCCUCACCGCUGCACAUUGCAUGGUUCCAUUAUCAAAGGACCUUGCGACGAUGUUUGUAAGUGUUGGAAUCCAAAACACUGUAGACCUCACUCAAAAAAUAUCCGUGAGUGAAGUGAUCCCGCAUCCCAAAUACAAUAACACCUUAUACUACGACAUAGGUCUUUUGAGACUCUCAAAAAACGUACAGUUUAACCCCUACGUAAGACCAGCGUGCCUUCAUACAGAAAGAGACAUCCCCUAUGAUUUAGCCAUAGAAUCAGGAUCGGGUAUGUUUGUAACAGAUCAAAGCACGUAUUUGUUGGCAACAGUGUUGGAGUUAUUCAGUGCAGAUAAAUGUAACGAGACUUUACCUGCUGGUGAACUGAAAGAUGAAUUGGCCGACGAUUUGAUAAUUUGUGCCGGGACAAAUAGAAAAAAAAGUCUUGGAUGCCAUGGUGACACUGGCGGGCCUCUCCAAGUAUACCAUAAGGAAACCAGGGAAGUUCAAUGCAUGUACGACAUAAUCGCAAUCAAUGCCAAGCCAAUAGCAUGCGCGCUAGGAGCACCUAAUACAUCUGAGUUCACCAGAGUAUCAACAUACAUAAAAUGGAUAGAAGACAUUGUUUGGCCGAACUUUCCUGAGAGCAGCAUGUCUAUCAGGUUUGGCUACAGCGCCAGCGCCAGCGUGUUUGUAUUUGUUUACGUUCUCUCGCUCGGUUCCUUUGCCGAGUUAUAUGAAGGAGACAAAUGUUCUUUGCGAGAUGGCGGCGAAGGCAAGUGCAAGCUUAUAAAGGAAUGUCCGACUGCUAUGCAAUUGAUACAGACAGGGGUUAAUCCGAUCAUUUGUGGAUUUGAGAAAAUUGAACCUAUUGUGUGUUGCAAAGAUGGUGAAAAAAUGAUGAAUACGACUAGUACCACCACUACAACGGAUAGAAUUAGCAGUAGUAGAAAACCAGGAGAUAUAAGCAGGCAAAAAUGCAAAGAAUACGCAGAUUAUGCCUACGAGAAGAUCCAAGCUCCCACAUUGUUGCUAAAUCCGCAUUUUACAAAAAAGCUUUUGUGUGACAUUCAGAGAAACAAACUCGUUGUGGGAAGUACUUUAGCAUCGAGAAGGGAAUUUCCUCAUAUGGCUCUUAUUGGUUAUCAAGAUAACGAUAGCGUUGUCUGGCAAUGUGGAGGUUCACUUAUAAGUGAAAACUUUAUUCUGACCGCUGCACAUUGCAUGUUUUCAACUUCACUGGGCCCCGCGAAGUUUGUAAGACUGGGUUUCACAAAUAAGACAGACCCUUCGCAAAUGCAAGAACGAACUGUGAGUCAAAUAAUCCCGUAUCCAGAAUACCACUACCCCAGUAGAUACCACGACAUCGGUCUUUUAAGACUGUCUAAAGAGGUGCAGUUUAACACCUAUGUCAGACCAGCGUGUCUUCAUAUACAGAAAUACAUCCCCUAUGAUUUAGCCAUAUCUUCGGGAUGGGGUAUCGUUUCAUUUGGGGGAGAGCCGAGCAACGAUUUGUUGGCGACAGUGUUGGAAUUCUUCAGUGCAGAUAAAUGUAACGAAACUUACAGUCGGCAGAUUUCUACCCGCAGAUUGAAAGAUGGAAUCGUCGACGAUUUGAUGAUUUGUGCCGGGACAACUAGAGCAGUGAGGACUACAUGCCAGGGAGAUUCUGGUGGCCCUCUCCAAGUAUACCAUACGGAAACCGAAGAAAUUAAAUGUAUGUACGACGUCAUCGGAAUCAUUUCCUUUGGAAAAUCAUGCGGUCUGACGAAAAACAAUCCAGACGUGUUUACCAGAGUAUCAACAUACAUAAAAUGGAUAGAAGACACUGUUUGGCCGAAUUAAAUACAUACUUCUUGUUUUAAUUUCAUUACGUGAAUGUAACAGGGUAAUUGUGAAGAUUUUUAUUUAAAAAUAUAAAAGUCCCAAACCUAUCACUUCACAACAUCCCUCGGUAGGUGAAUAGCUGAUUAUAAAUUAUAACAGAUUAUACAGGGUGUUUGUAAAUAAGUGCGAAAUAUUUAAGGGGGUGAUUG